CAGACACAGAUGUGCGUUGCUGAUGUAGGUGGUGCUGCCCCACGCUAAUAAUCCACAUUACUAAUAAUAAACUCACAAUUUUAAAAGUCUUGCCUUUAUAUUUGUUUACUUCAACAGAAAACAAGAUGUUGCCAAAAAAUCUACGCAGAAUCAACUAGUAAAACGGCUUAAUUGUAUUUUAAAGUCGGAUGGACAUGGCAAGCCAAACGAAUUGGUUCUCUCUGCAGUUUUGUACCUAUCAGUCCCGAAAGUGGGUGGGUCCUACACACGUACACUAGCAAUGGUGGCUCCGCCAUAAAAUUUGUAAGAUAUGACUGCUGCGGUAUUGAGCUUUCAGCUAUAGAUAAUUACUUGUUUAAAGAUUCAAGAGAACUUCAAAAGACAGAGAUGGCCAACAUGCCAACAGACUUUGGCUGAAGAAUCCUUGCUAUCUAGUCCAAGUCAUAGUACAGUAUAGCAGGGAGAGACAUCACAGUUCUUUGUAUAUCUCAAGGCAAUGGUUUUACCAAGGCCCCAUUGUGUGGCCAUGAAGUUUAGCAUGAUGCCUCACAUCAUGGAUCUACAUCAGGCAAUCUUAACAUCAGAUAUGGAAAUGGUGCGCAAGCUAGCAAAAAGUGGGUUGGAUCUUGGAACUCCAGUUAGGGGCACUACAGCCCUUUCUUUAACUGUUUACCAUCAAAACCUGGAAGCCAUGAAGAUCCUUUUACAGGCAGGUGCCCCAGUUGAUAGACGGAGCAAAGACCAUCUGGAGAGGAUUGAAACUCCUCUAAUCACUUCCAUUAGGCUUGGGUAUGAGCCAAUUUUCAUUGAGCUUGUUACAAGAGGAGCACGCCUUGACCUUUGCGAUUUCUUUAACCAGACACCCUUGUGGUUUGCUGUUAAAGAACAGCGGCUAAGUUUUGUCCGGACAUUAUUGAAAAAUGGGGCUCCCAUAAACUUCACAAUGGCUGCAGAAAACCCACUUAAUAUUGCCAUGCAAUUCUUAGGGUAUAGGGGCCGUCGAGAAAUGGCACUUGAGCUGGUAGCUGCAGGGAUGCCAUUAAUCCAUGAAGACUAUAGAGGACGUUCGCCACUUUAUUAUGCAAUGAAGUAUGAAGACUUUGAUUUCUUCAGGUUAUUGGUAGAAGCUGGUGUUAAACUGAAGAACUAUGAAUGGCUGGCAUCCAGUAACCUAUUAUCUGGUUGGUCACACAAUAUUCACAUUUUAGAGUGGAUAAGAGAAGAGCUGAAGUCCCCAUCACCCCUGAAGAGGCAAUGCCGUUCCUUCAUAUAUAAACACCUUCGGGAAAUGCACAACAGGGAUGUCAGGCCAUUAAUCAGGGCCCUUACACUGUCAUGUUCAAUACCCCUUCCACCUUUGAUUCUCAAAUAUCUGUUGAUGGAGAAUCUUUUGGCAUCUGUGGUGACAUGUGUGCAUGAUGAUGCCAGUUUGUUGUCUGCAUCACCUCCUUCCUACCUCUUGUAAUUUAGGUGUACUGUAUACUGUUUUAUUUUGUGCUUUUCAUACAUCUGAAUUGCUUAUUACAAAAUACAAACCACUGCAAUUAGUAUAUACUUCGUGACUAAAAGAAUUUUGAAUAUACAGGAAAGAUAACUAUGUAUUUGUGAAUUAGUGGGCUACAGCUGCCCAGUGGUGGGAAAAUGGGCUUAUUGUCCUUACCCAUAUCAUCAGUCAUUGUUCUUGAGUUCUGGAGUAAUUGUGUUCCUCUUGUAAACUUUCAGAUUUGAGUAUAUUUAGGUUACUUAUUUUGUUAUAGUCCUUUCAGUGGUUUUUGCUGCAACAGAAUAUAAAAUAUUUUUUAGGUAUUAUUGCUCUAAAGUGAUGGGGGAAAGAAAGUGGCAAGUUGGAACUUAAGUUCUCUAAGAAUCUCUUUCGUUGAAGUUGCAAACUUUUGUAAUGUCUAAAAGAUAUUUUAGGUUCAAACCUACAUAAGAAAUUAGAAUUACAAGCUUAUUACCUUGAAUAUAUAAUAAGUAUAAUCAUUACCAAGAGGAAGUUUAAGUGUAGGAUUUAAUAAUGUGAUUUAAAAGGAUGGCAGUUAUCUUUCAUACUUAUUGAGGAAUUGAGCUACAUCAAGAUCCAGGCCAGAUGUCAUGCCACUCUUCAAAGAUAAAAGCCCUAUAGAGCUUUUGCUCAAAGAAUAUUGGGAAGGGCACAGAAUUUUAGAGAGGUAGAUUAAGAGAAUCAGGCACAUUGGAAUAAGUGAGAAAAGGACAGCAGUUACAAGUUCAUCAGGAGAGAAAAGAGGAAUAAAGGUAGAUUUGCAGAAGUUGUUGAGAAAUGCAUUACAACAGAGCAGAAAUUAAUUUUUUGUUUAGGAUGAGAACACCAUGUCUUAUUUUAUUUUUACAAGAAAAACCUCUUUAGUCAGUCGGCGGCAGGGAUAUUCAGGAGAAUGAAGCAAAAAUUGUCAGCACACAAAACCAAGAAUGUUGAAGAGCAGAAGUGGUCAAACAUGGGAAUAAAAGGAGAGAAAGUUUAAUGAGAAGAAUCAUUAUGUAUUCAGUUUAUUGAGGUGAAAACCUCGUCAUUACAGCCUUGAGAUCAAGGAUAAAGGCUUUUAUGUUCUACGUUAACCUACCAUGUAGGAUAUGGUGAUACACUUCCAUUCUUUAGCCUUUCACCAUUGUACAAAUAAGGUCUGUAUAAAAAAUAAUUUUUCACAAAAUGUUUAUUCAGUAUAUCCAUUCGAAUUCCAGACCACUACCUUAGCAUUAGCCAAAAACCUACUUAGAAAUUUAGGCAUAAAUAAUUGUUUAACCAAUCAACAAGCUAAACAUCUCAACUCUCACAGAUGGCCCCAACAUAAAAGGGAAGGUCACUGAAGCAGGAAGGUUAAAUUGAUGAAGGUGAUGCUAUCAUGACAGAAUCACUGUCUCACCCAAGUUAAGUUAGCUUUGCAGCUAACUAAAGAUAUGAGAUUGGUGUGAUUGCUUUUUGUUUUAACUACUGCUAACACUGAAAGCAGUUGUGUCCUGAGGUGAGUACCAGAAACUUUUAAAUAACAGUAAGGAGCCCCAUCUAUUGGUGAAUGGCAAAUGGAUGGACCACAUUGCAGUAGUACCUUGUACUUCAAAUUUAAUCCAUUCCAGAAGGCUGGUAAAAAUGCGAUUUGUUCGGAAUAUUAAACAAAUUUCCCAAUAAGAAAUAAAGGGAAUCGGGAUCAUUUGUUCCAUCCCACCCAAAAAUUCCUCCUUUUAACAUUUUCUCUACUAUUAAUGUGUUCAAAAGUAAUAUUAAGAGUAAAGUAAUGAAACUGUAUGUUUUAUGAAGUGAGACUUUAGGAAAAUUUUGUUUUUAUUGCAGUGUCUUACCGAACAAUUAUACAGCUGUAGGUUCCCUACGAAUGG